UUUACUACUUUGCAUUGGAAAUUGUACCUUUGUUUUUGUUUACAAUUUCUAAAUUCUAACUCCGAAGAACAAAUCUGUAGUGUGAAGUAAAUUAUAAAUACUAAAUCGGUACCUUAUAGAUCCUAAGUAGGUUAUUUUUGUAAGAGAUAUAAAAUAAAAAGGUCUCUAAGCAUGGAUGAUGACGAUUACUGGAACACCAGUGAAACUAAGGCGAAAGCCUUUAGCUUUGAUGAUGAUGUGUUGUCACCACAAGAGAUAUUGGCAAUCGGUCAGAAGUCAUACCCGGGGCAGAAAGAUGAGAGUCUGUUCAGCUCAACCAUCAAUAAUGUGAAGACACAGCUACUGCCGCUGUCCAGUUUGGUGUCACCCAAGGUUUUGGACUUGAUUGUCCUCGCGCAGUCAGGAAAAGACCCAAAUGACAGAACAGAGCCUGAACCAACUGUGGCAGUGACGCUGAAACGACUGGUGUUGGGACGGAGUGUGUCUCUCCGAUGUCACAGGAGUUUAAAGAGAAAAACUGAAUUACUAGAUGGUGCCGUUGCUAUCGGGGAUGGAAACGCUAUUAUAACUGUGGUACUAUUCUUAAUCCAAACCUUGAACAAAAAGUUGGUAUACGAAUUGCUUUCAGCGCGCCCUCUAGCGUUAAACCAUUACAUUAGCUUUUUGCAGUCUGAGGGAAAAGUGGCUGAACUCACAGAUUUAUUGACAAUGCUUGGAAGGAGUCCAGAUGCUGCGAUGUACCAAUUUCAACAUAUAAUCAAAACCCAAGGUAACAGUGUAGACGGCUUGCUGAGAAAAUUGAAUAAUUUAUUGUCAAAUUAUUUCAACCAACCCGGAGUAGACGCCCACCAGGCCAAAAUGGUGACAGACUAUGUGAAAUUGUUAGAAUGGCAGAAAUGCGCCAACAAACCGGAACUUAACAACAAUUCAACCCUGCAUUGUCUGGCAUAUUGUUGUGCGCAACACUGGAACGAGGGUGCGGGCAAUAUGAUGUCGCCGCUCACGCUGUGUCAACGACAACAGGUACCUCCGGUACAAUAUGAUUGGGUGGUCCUCAAUGUACAUGGCAACUCCAGCAAGUGGGAUAUUGUUGAGUCAAUGUUCACCAAAAAAGAUUGGCUCGGUCGUACAACGGUGUCUUCCAACAUUCCAAUGGAAACAUUGCUAGCGAGGCUCAGCGAGUUGGCGGCCAGCAAGCAAAUGUUGGCCACAUGCCUCCACAAACUGCCCAGCGCAGAUGACCGGCUGCGGCUGGCGCAGAAAUAUAAGGUACAUUCCGUAGUAAUAGAAACUCUGGCGAAGCAAAAGGACAGGACCAGUCUUACGAAUUAUAAAAUGACUUUGAACGCGCAGUCCGAAGAAUACAUACUAGCCGAGAAUACUCUCCGAGAUUCGUCAAUAAAAUGGAAGAACUAGAACGGGUACAGAACAUUGACUUGAUCUGCGAUAGAUGGCGCUGUACGUUUUUAAAUCGCACUUGAUAUAUUUCUUGUGACUUAUCAUACUUUCUUUACCUAGUUAUAUAGGGAAGAGUUAAAUAAAAUAAAUACAUAAUUAAAUAUA